ACAAACGGACGAAACCUGAGCGUGUGUAUUUACCUGUGCAAUGCUGCCGCCUUGUGGCUGCUUUCAGAAAGUGCAUCACUGUGACCGUCGCCACCUGACGUCACUGGGAGGAAACAACUAACCCUCAAACAAAAAUGCAAGAGCCCGUGGAAAUACUUGUGCCUUCCGGAAAGAAACAGACAAUUAUGGGGAUGAAAAUCAUCUCCUUCCAUAUAUUCUACUAAGCUCAUUUUUAGGGUUCACAACAAGUCUGUUAUGAUCCCGAUCACUCGGGGGAAAAAAAGUCAGUGACGUGCAGGCCAUGAAGUCCCCUUUCCGUCUCUAUCUACGUAAUAUGGGUGUGUUUUUUGUGAAACCGGGGAGAAGAUAAAGGAACGCACAGAAGGCUUUGUGUCGCACACACUCCUGAUUGAUCAACAGACUUCUCCGCAAACAGUAUUAGAAACAGACGCCAAGAUGUGUUGCGCAGGAUUCCUCAAACUGAUGAUGUUCAUCUUCAACGGCAUCAUCUUUGUAGCAGGUGCUGCCAUCCUGGGCGUGGGCAUUUGGGUGAAGGUGGACAGCAAUUCCCUGAUGGGAAUACUGGAUAGCGUGGAGGACAUUCCCUCAGAGGUAUCCGAGGUCGCCAACGUCGCCUACCUGCUCAUCGCGGUGGGGUCCGUGUUGCUGGUCAUCGGCUUCCUGGGCUGCUGCGGCGCCGUGAAGGAGAGCAGGUGCAUGCUUCUGACGUUCUUCAGUAUCGUGCUGAUAAUAUUCCUCAUCGAGGUCGCCGCCGCUGUGGUGCUGCUGGUUUUUAGCGACGUGGCCGAGAAGGUCUUUGACAGCAUCGAGACCGAAGUCAAGAAAAGCCUCGGCGAGAAGUACGGCAGCGACGAGAGCCUGACCUCGCUCUGGAACAGCACCAUGAUGGGGUUUCAGUGCUGCGGGUACAAGAACUACACCGACUUCAACGACUCACCCUUCUACACGCAAAACAACGGCUCCUAUCCAUCCCAGUGUUGCAACGGGACGGAGGCGGGCGGCGCCUGUAGCGCAGAGGCGGCAGGAACGGCCGCGGAACAGAAGUUGGUUGACGGCUGCUUCGACAAGCUGAUGCAGCUGAUUGAGGAAAACAUCGUGAUAAUUGCCGGUGUGGCGCUCGGGAUUGCCGCUCUUGAGAUUGCUGCCAUGGUGGUUUCAAUGGUUCUCUACAAGCAGAUUGGUAACAAAGCGUGAUAGUCGCUCUGAUGUUUUUCUUGUAAUUUAAUAAGAUCGCUGAUACAUUUCUAUUGAGGAAAAGUUGUUUUCCACCCAGUUUCACUGAGAACAGUCAGGGACAUACUUGCCAACCCUCCCGAAUUUUCCGGGAGACUCCCGAAUUUCAGUGCCUCUCCCGAAAAUCUCCCGGGACGACCAUUCUCCCGAAAAUCUCCCGAUUUCCGGCCGGACAACUAUAUUGGGGGCGUGUCUUAAAGGCACUGCCUUUAGCGUCGUCUCUCAUCUGAAAAGGUGACUAUUAUAUAUGUGUCCGUUAUCUAUAGGUUUAUCUAUAACCCAUAAAGUAGGAAGGCAUGGAGCUAUUUCUCAGCUUGUGUUUAUUCCAGCCGGCACGUUAAUACACUGACACACAACAUCCGGAUUCCCAUCAUGCAUUGCUUCAAAACUAUGGCAAGUUGUAAUAUCCAAAAUUUCCAGCCAGACAAACAAUAUUGGGGGCGUGCCUUAAAGGCACUGCCUUUAGCGUCAUCUCUCACCUGAAAAGGAGACUAUUAUAUAUGUCUCCGUUAGCCAUUGGUUUAUCUAUAACCCAUAACACGGUGGCCGAAUGGAUAUAGUCACUCAUGAACGGUCAGAGAAGCACAAGGCGGCGGCAACGCAGUAUUAUGGGUCACCUUGCAAGCAACAAUCCGUUCUCAUUUGCGGAUGUUUUCAACAAAUCCGUAAAGGAUAUGUUCCCGGAUUCAGAGAUCGCUCGCCAGUACUCAAAUGGCAGAACAAAAGCUACUCAAAUAGUGAAAAGUAAGUGUUUUUUUUUUUUAAAGUGUUUA